GAAUUUCUUCUGUCUGUUUACAUUUCAUUUCGAGAAUCAAGAUAAGGAGGUUUUGCCAUUGAUAGGAAUUUUUGUCGCCCGGCACAACCGGCGGAGAGAAAACAAUCAUGUCUCUAAUGUCUUUAGCUAGAUUUUGUUCCUCAGUUAGCAAAUAUGCUGCACAACCAAUUCUGAGGAACUACGAAACUUCUUUCCUCCAUGUCAGAGGUCUUGCUUCAGCUGCUAACUAUGAGUUUAUCAAAGUUGAGAAAACUGGUGAGAAGAAAAAUAUAGGCUUAAUUACAUUAAAUAGAAAAAAAGCAUUGAAUGCCCUUUGCGAUGGAUUAAUGAAGGAAGUUUCUAAUGCUUUGGAUGAUUUAGAAGCUGAUAAAGAAAUUGGUGCCAUUGUAUUGACUGGAAGUGAAAGAGCAUUUGCAGCUGGAGCUGACAUUAAAGAAAUGCAAAAUAAAGAAUUUGCUGACUGCUUUCGUUCAAAGUUUUUAUCAUCUUGGGAUCGACUUGCUAGAACUUCAAAACCCACCAUAGCUGCUGUUAAUGGAUAUGCUCUUGGAGGUGGAUGUGAAAUGGCCAUGAUGUGUGACAUCAUUUAUGCUGGGGAAGGUGCAAAAUUUGGACAACCAGAAAUACUGAUUGGCACAAUUCCUGGGGCUGGAGGCACUCAAAGAUUAACAAAAGCCGUUGGAAAAUCUAGAGCAAUGGAGAUUGUUUUGACUGGAGAACAGUUCUCUGCCCAGGAUGCUGAAAAAUGGGGUCUAGUCAGUAAAGUAUUCCCUGCAGAUAAAGUUGUAAGUGAGGCUGUGAAGUUAGGAGAAAAAAUCUCUCAAAAUUCUAAACUUAUUGUUGCUCUUUGCAAAGAAUCUGUUAAUAACUCUUUUGAAACCACACUUGCUCAAGGCUUGCUUUCAGAGAAGCGAUACUUCCAUGCUACAUUUGCCACUAAUGAUCGCAAAGAAGGAAUGACUGCAUUUUCGGAAAAAAGGAAGCCAAACUUUACUGACAGCUAGAAAGUUCCUAUAUAAAAAGGUUCAAGAGAGAAAUUAUUUUUAUAACCGUUGUUUGUAUCAGAAUGAAUUAAUAUUGAAAAUAUAAGAAACUACCUUUUAUUAAUAAAAGUUUUUCUGGAAUUAUUA